AUGCUCAGGUGUAAAUUUUGUUCAACUGAGCGAAGAGAACAGUACAAAUGUCCACGUUGUAAUGCAACUUAUUGCUCGCUGAGAUGUUAUAAGUGCGAGAAACAUUCGGAGUGUUCGGAAAACUUCUACAAGCAAUGUGUCAAAGAAGAACUGGAGGGACGUCGUUUCCAAGGAGAUGGGAAAGGACAGGAUACGUUUGAGGAGCGUAUGCAGAAGUAUCUGGAUGGCGAGUUGGACGAGAUGCCAGGUACAAACGGGAGUGGAAUCGCGACAGAUGACGCCGACCCUCUCGAUUCUGAUGAUGAAGAACCGGGAGCGAGUGGAUUUCAGCCGAAAACAGAGCAAUAUUUGGAAAAAGUGGUCACAGACACUGUUGAUGAUUAUUUGCUUGACGAAGAUGAAAUUGACCGCAGGUUACUGAAAAUGGGCAUUGGUGGCGAAGUGGAACAACUGAUGGGUGUUUUGAGUGAAGAAGAACGUGCUGCGUUUGCUCAACUUGCAGAACAAAUCAACAUCGAUACAAGCGGGUUAAACGAAAGUUGCUUCAAAAAGCGAUAA